AUGGGUUCUCUAAAAUAUUUUAUCUAUAUUUCUGCAUUAACUUAUUUGUUCACCUUGGUUGCCUCGGUUGAUCCGACAACAAAAUGUGAAAAUAGUAAAAGUAGUAUAAAUUCAAAUGAACAAAAAGAUUUAUAUAACGUUAUUGUUAGUAGUGUAGAAGAUAAAGAUAGUCACCUUGAAUGGUUAAGUACUUGUCAAAAUAGGAUUAUUGGAAGGUCAACAAAAAGUAUCAGAUCAGUUAAGGACAAAAGUUAUGUAAAGGAUUUUUCUGUUGAUGGUCUUCACGGGUAUUCUGCCUGGUUUACUAAGGAUAUGGCUAUCAAUACAAUCAAGAAUAAACCUGGUACUCUUAUUGUGGAAAAAGAUGGUAUUAUGAAAAUUAAUUACGUAGUCCCACGUACAGUCCAGCCUAGCCCAGAACCAGGUUUAGAUCGUAUAGAUCAAGCAAAUCCUACUUUAGAUAAAAAAUUUACAUUUCCUGAUUCGGCAGGGCAAGGUGUAAAUGUCUUUAUAGUGGAUACUGGCAUUCGUAAGACUCACAAAGAAUUUCAAGGACGUGCUAAAUCUGGGGGCGCUUUUUGUAAUGGUUGUACAUCUGAUGAUGAUGGAAAUGGGCAUGGAACCCAAGUUGCUGGAAUUGUGGCCGGUAACACUUUUGGCGUCUCAAAGAAAUCUAACGUUAUUGCUAUAAAAGUUCUUGGCGAUGAUGGUUCGGGUAGUAAUACAGAUGUUAUAUCUGGAUUGACAUCUGUUCUAGCACAGCAUAAAAAUGCAACAAACAAAAAUACUGUAGUCAGUAUGUCUCUUGGAGGUGCAAAAUCAAAUGCUGUUAAUGCUGCAGUAAAAGCGCUCACAGAUGCAGGAGCUCAUGUAGUUGUGGCUGCAGGAAACGAGGCUGCGGAUGCAUGUACUUCAUCACCAUCAUCCGAACUAUCAGCAAUAACUGUCGGCGCAGUAGACGUUGAACUUAAUGAUACCAAAACGAAUAAUAUUGCAUUUUUCUCCAAUUUUGGAAAAUGUGUUGAUAUUUUUGCACCAGGCGUAAAAAUUAAAUCAGCUGGUAAUAAAACUGAUACUGAUAUUCUUGUAUUUUCGGGAACUUCUCAAGCAACACCACAUGUUUCUGGUACAAUUGCUCUUAUUAUUGCUAAAGAAGGUAACAAAAGUCCUGCAGAAAUGGCCACCGCAUUGAAAACCUUGUCAACUACAAAUGCUAUAGAUUUUAGUGCUGUUACAGGCGCUGAUAAAGCUUCGCCAAAUAAUAUGUUGCGC